AUGUCUAACGCUUCGUCAACUCUUCUUGGGCGUCGCUUCUGGUCUUGCGCCUGCGGAUCAGCGCAGACUCUGGGUUUGCGAGGAACGACCAUCACAACAGCGACGACGAGAAAUACCUGCUUGAAAGCCAGUCAAUCUACCGUCAGCCCUUCUCUCCCUAGGUCGAGCACGUUCAGAAGGUCGAUACACUCCGGGUCACAACACUCGUUUCCUCGACCGAACAUCCACAAUGCGCGACGAAGCUAUACAGGCAGCGGACUGCUGCUGGUUGGGUUUACCACAGAACUCACACCCACGCAAGCAUCGGCAGCUUGUGCGGUUGCUGCAGAAUCCGCUACGAGCACCAGCUUGACGAAGAAGUCGAAUAUCUACCAACUGGCCCGGCAAGCAUGGCGACGAGGCAUACAUACCGAUUCGAGAGGCACCGUAAGCCCGGCCGAAAGGAGGCACCAUAGCUCCAAGAGUGGAAAGCAUGAGGAAAAGAGUCCGACAACCCAGACGAAGCAGGAUACUCCCAAGGCCGGGGAGCAGGGCAAGCCAGAAGCACCGGACCCUGACGCCGAAUCGAUCGCAUCCACCGUGUCGAAAUAUUUGCACAUUCCAAAGAUGCCGCACCGGCCCACCCGGGAUGAGCUAUUGGCCGCAGCGAACGGCUUCCUGGGUCGGAUGAAAGUUCGAUUCAAGUGGGCAUCUAUUAGGAGUAUGAGGCCGUGGAAUAUUGAUGAAUGGGGCGCCUUCGUUUCGUGGUUCCUGUUUGGUCAUCUAGUCUGGAUUCUGGUCGGUACCACCACCUUCUUCUCGCUGAUCAUUCUCAGCAUCAACACCGUCUUUGCGCAAGAAACUCUUGCCAAAUGGGUAGGCGAUUCUUUGACCGAGUCUGCAGGCGUCACGGUCGUCUUCGAAUCGGCAAUUGUUCCCAAGUGGGGAGAUGGCGUGAUCAGCUUCAAGAACGUCUUUGUGUCACGGCGACCCGGACAGGUCAAGUCUUCGGUCAGCAAGGGCUCUUCAGAGAGCGCUGCCGCCAUGGCUGCGACUGGAAAUCAGCCAGACCAGGACGGCCAGGUCUUGGAAGAGGAUGAUGGCAACUACACACAAUACGACGUGUCGAUCGCAACUGUAAAUGUGACACUGUCAUUCUUGAAGUGGUGGAACGGCAAGGGUUUCCUGAAAGAUGUUGAGGUCAAGGGGGUUCGUGGUGUCGUUGAUCGCACAUCUGUGCAGUGGUCUGACGAGGUGGUCGAUCCUCUAUCAUACCGCCAUACCCACGAGCCCGGCGAUUUCGAGAUCGACUCUUUCAAACUCGAGGAUCUACUCGUUACAGUUCACCAGCCCAAGGGCUUCCGACCAUUCUCCGUCAGCAUCUUCUCAUGCGAAUUGCCACAGCUCAGGAAACAGUGGCUCUUUUACGACUUCCUAUCAGCAACCCACAUGUCGGGAUCAUUUGAUGGCUCUCUAUUCACCAUUCACCCCCGACAAGUACACGGUACUAUUGCUAGCGAGAACGGAGACAUGGCAGAGGAUGUGGGCGAGCCGGCAGCUUGGAAGAAGUUCAGCCGCUUGCGCAUCGAUGGUCUCAAAAUCGACCAUCUCAACCGUGGCGUAGAGGGACCGUUCGGCUGGAUUUACGAGGGAAACGUAGACAUUGUCGCAGAUGUCAUGUUUCCAGCGGACGUUGACGAUGGCAUCACCAAAGCCAUGUCAGACCUUUACGACCAGCUUGAGGACGUCGUCAUAUCCAACCGUAUGCGUCUGCUCCAGAAGGAUCUGCUCGACAUCAAAAUCGUGGGCUCAUCCGCCUCGGAUCUUUGGGGCUCUACACCCAGUAAGGGCCAUCUUUCUCAAGCUAUACCAGAGCUCACCGAAGAGGUCCCCGAGAAGCCUACAGAAUCCGAAUUUACCGACCCCUCCAGUUCUUCCGAGUCAUCAGAAGAAGACCGGAGAUAUCUAAUCAUGGAUCUCCGAAUCCACAUGAACGAUGUCAAGGCCGCCGUGCCCCUUUUCACGAAAGACAUCUCCUACAUCAACCAGGCGCUCGUUCGCCCCAUCGUAGCCUACAUCAACGCCAAGAAGACGUAUAUCCCCAUCAACUGUCGCAUAGUCAAGCGACACACCGAUUUCGACGGCAGCUGGUCCAUCUUUGACUGCGGUCUCAUGGACGACAUGUCGGCCGAGACCUACGAGGCUUUUGCACGCGACAUUGAGGACCAGCAAAGCCGCGUUCGUCGGCUGAAAAAGGUCGGCUUCUGGACUCUGAGUCUUGCCGUCCAUGCUCUCUUUAUGGGCAUGGCAGGCAAUGUCAUUUAA